GUGACGUUAUGUAUAAACAGCUUCUGUAGCCGUGGCAGCGGCUAAGGAGGGCGGGAUAGGUACUGCUGCCACGGGCCGUAGAAAGAAGCUUUCUGCAGACAUCGGCCUGGGCCACAGCGCGCCGCCGCUACGCGGUCGGCAGGCAGGAUAGGCCUUUUCAGUGACUUCAGGCUCUUGUUCAUGCUGUCUUCUCUGCUUGGAAUGCCUUUCCCUGACUUCAUUACUUGCUAAACUGUGUGCUCCUCCAGGGCGGGCACCAUGUUGUACUCAUCUUUGUACCCCCAGCAUCUAACAGUGUUGGCACGUAGUAGACACUCAAGAAAUAUGUGUUGAAUGAACGAUGCCUAUGACAAGCAACUGGACUUUAUUCUUUCCUGACCCUUGCUCCUGUGACACAACUCCUGGCUGCCACUAUCAUUCCUUCAGUGCAGAUCUUCUCUUCUCUAGGGAAGCCAGAAGGGAAACAGGUAUGGCCAAGGACAUACUGGGUGAAGCAGGGCUGCACUUUGAUGAACUGAACAAGCUGCGAGUGUUGGACCCAGAAGUUACGCAGCAGACCAUAGAGCUCAAGGAAGAGUGCAAGGAAUUUGUGGACAAAAUCGGCCAGUUUCAGAAAAUAGUUGGUGGUUUAAUUGAGCUUGUUGACCAGCUUGCAAAAGAAGCAGAAAAUGAGAAGAUGAAAGCCAUUGGUGCUCGGAACUUGCUCAAAUCUAUAGCAAAGCAGAGAGAAGCCCAACAACAGCAACUCCAAGCACUAAUAGCAGAAAAGAAAAUGCAGCUCGAAAGGUAUCGGGUUGAAUAUGAAGCUUUGUGUAAAGUAGAAGCAGAACAAAAUGAAUUUAUUGACCAAUUUAUUUUUCAGAAAUGAACUGAAAAUUUUAUAGGACAAAAAAAACCAAAACCCCAAAAAACAAAACAAAAAAACCUCUGUACCAUUCUAGUGACUAAUGACCCAAGUAUGUCAUGUGAGAUGUUGUAUAAGGAAUAUACCAUCUCUGAAGGCAAUAAAACAAAAUCUGGAGGGGCUUGUUUCA